GCAGACGUUUGUUGAAUGAAUGAACGAAUCGGGAGCCCUGACAGACCCGGCAGAGGAGGCGGAAGCCCCGUGGGUCCCGUGGCGGGGCCGCCCCGGAGCCUCUCCCACCCGCGCAGACUCCGGUGCGCCGCGUCUCCCGCGGGCAGAGAAGUAGCUGCAACUCCGCUCCCCGGGCCCGGCCGCCUCCUCCCCGCCGCCCUCCCCCGCCCCCGCCCCCUCGCUCCCUCCCGCUCUUUGUCUCCUGGGCGCCCGGCUUCCCCGCCACGCGCCCCCCACGACGCCCCUUCCCCGGGGACCCCUGCGGACCCCUGCCGACGCGACGCGGCGCGAAUCGGCCCUGCCAGGCGGGGGCCCCGCGUCCGGCCAGGCCUGGCGGGCGGCGGGGGCGGGGAGGGAGGUGGCGCUCGCUCUUCGCUCUUCUCUCUCUCUCUCUGUCACACACACACACACACACGCACGCACACGCACACACACACGGAGCAUCCUCCCGUCAGGUCUCCUGGUCCAGCCCCGCCCGCGCCUCCUGCUUCCAGCGAACCUGCUCCCUCUCCCCACAUCCCCCGCCCUCCAUCUCCCCCGGCUCCGGGACCCUUCCCGCCGACCUCACCCCCACCCCUGGGAUGGAGCGGCUCGAGCCCGCCCGGAGCCCCCCGCGGCCGGGGUAACGGUCCCCCCAACCGUCUCCUGCCCGGCCCCCGCCUCAAGCACCAUGGGCCCGAGGGGUUCCCGGGGCGCCAGACGCUGAAGAUGACCGAUGCCGGAGACCUGGACUUGGCUGUGCCAGAGACGGCCAGACUGGACAGCAGUUUACACAAGGCCCGGGCCCAACUGUUGGCCAAGGGCAGGAGGCACCGGCCGUCCCGCUCCAGGCUUCGGGACAGUGCCAGCUCCGCGGAGGAUGGUGAAGGCUCCGAUGGGCCCGGAGGCAAGGUGACCGACGGCUGCGGGAGCCCCCUGCACCGGCUACGCUCGCCUUUGCACUCAGGCCCGGGGUCCCCGGCCGGGGGCUCUUUCUGCCUGGAUCCGCCGGUGUUGCGGCGCAGCCUGGACGAGGACGAACCGCCGCCCUCGCCGCUCAUACGCUACCGGCCCCUGCACAACGCUGCGUCGCACGAGGGCCUGGCCGCCGCCUCCUCCUCUCCGCCGCGCUCCGCGCCCUCCUCCGACAGCUCCCCCAGCUUCGUGCGCCGCCACCCGCGCGCAGAGCCGCACAGCGAAGAUGACAGCCGCGACGCCAGUCCUCCUGAGCCCGCCAGCCCCACCAUCGGCCUGGAUAAGAAGACUCGCCGAAAGUUCCUGGACCUGGGGGUCACCCUGCGCCGAGCAUCCACGGGCAAGAGCCGGAAGGAGAAAGGCAGCAACCGCCUGUCCAUGGGCAGCAGGGAGUCAGUGGAGGGGUCCGGCAGGUCAGGGGGCUCCCCGUUCCUGCCUUUUUCCUGGUUCACAGACAGCGGCAAGGGCUCAGCAUCCUCUGGUAGCACCACCUCCCCAGCCUGCUCCCCUAAACACGAGGGCUUCAGCCCUAAGAAGUCAGCUUCCCAGGAAUCCACUCUGAGUGAUGACUCCACGCCCCCCAGCAGCAGCCCCAAGAUCCCCAGUGGGCCCCGGCAGGAGGCCAAAUGUUCUUACCCCUACCACACGCUGUCUCAGUCUUCAGACGAGUUCCUGGAUGAACCCCUCCCCGCUGUCCACCAUUGGACCAGCCAGCAGGUGGGCCAGUGGCUGCAGAGCCUCAACCUGGAACAGUAUGCUGCCGAGUUUGCUGCACGGCAGGUAGACGGGCCGCAGCUGCUGCAGCUGGAUGGAAGCAAACUAAAGAGCCUGGGGCUCAGCAACUCGCAUGACCGGGCACUGGUGAAGCGCAAGUUGAAGGAGAUGGCAGCGGCUGCCGAGAAGGAGCGCAAGGCCCAGGAGAAGGCUGCGCGGCAGCGGGAGAAGCUCCGGCGCCGAGAGCAGGAGGCCAAGAAGAGCUAGGGGAGGGUGCACAGGCGCUCGCGCCCAGCAGGGGCAGCCACUGGCUCCACGGGCACAGGCCUCACCAGGGAGGCUGGACCUGGGUGCUGCACUUGGGCUAGCCUGGUCCCACGCUCUCAGGGGGGACAUGCCCUCUCUUACCCUGUCACUUGGUCUAGACCCAGAGCCCCCAGAAAGGGAGACCCCAGGGAGAGGGCCUAGUAAUAAAUCCUAUUUUGAGGACUUGUUUGGCGCAGAGUUCCUGGGGGAGGAGCAGAUGAAGGGGAGAGGGAAGAGAAGCCAGGGCUGAGGCAAGUCUGGGAGCCUGGGUCAGGCUGUCCCAUUGCCCUCAGGCCAUCGUGGGGCUGGGGUGGAGGGGAGCUAGGAGGCCUGCCUGCCUGCUUGCCUGCCAGAGGCCCUGAGGCCACGCCCCAGGGCUCAGAGCUGGGCUGGGCAUUUCAGCAGAGGCAGGUGUGGGGAGCAGCUCCUCUACACUCUCCCAGGGCGCUGUGUGGUGGGAGAGCUCUGUCCUGCUCCAAGAGGCCAGUGGGCACUGCAGCCAGUCACACUCAGGGGAGACUCCCAGCCAAACUCCUCAACAGGAGAGCAGAGAAAGCAGCCUGGGGCGAGUGCAGUCUUUGCCAGGACUCAAGAGGGGUGGAUGAACACCCCCUUCUCCCUCUCCCCUCCUCUGUCCUGUGGGUCCCAGGGGGCGAGAUGACAUCCACACAGGUCUGCCUCUCAGGGCCCAGUCAAGACCUGGUCUUUGACCCAUUCUCCAAGCCAGGACUCCCUUCACUUCCUGCUGCUUCCUCAGAGGGCACCUAAGCCCUCUCUGGGAGCUGAGCAAACAGGAACUGAUAGGGACAGAGGGCACCACUUCCCCCAGCCAAGGCCUAGGAGCUGCUGACCUGGUCAGCCCUCACCCCAGCCAGGCAGAGAGGCAAAACCUGGGGGUCCCUGGCAGCUACGAGAUUGGAAAUGUUCAUCAGCCCACCCCCAUCUGCCCCAGGCAUUGUCAGAAUCAGUGGGCUCAGAACUGGCAGGCGGUGCAAGCUCUGCCUCCCUGGGCCACACUGAGGGCUGGGGCCAGCUCCCUGGGUGGGGGUGGAGUUUACCAGCAGCCUGGGGACAGCAUGUGUCCUUUUUAGGAAAUGUCCUUGGAGGAAGUGUUCAUGUGUGGCGCUGGUCAGCAGCUAGCCCCGCUUCCAGGACACUGGUCAGAGUUACCGAUGAGGCCAGGGGGCUCCUGCUUGGAAACCCCUCCAGCUCCUCCCAUCUGCCCAGAGCGACAGAUGGCACCAAUGCGUGCUGGCUCCCUCAUUCCUGCCCAGGGGCUGUGGCUUACGGCCAGCACCCUGUACCUGGGACUCAGCCCUUAUCCCCCCUCUGCUAUCUGUGCUGGGAGAGGGGCUUCGGAGGGAAACAGAUAUGAGGACACUGGCACCAUCUGGGCCUGGUGGCAGGGCCAUGGGAGGUUGGAAGGCACCCACAUCCUUAAAGCCAUCAGUAGCUAUAGUGGGUGCCCACCUGCAUGUGAAGGGGAGGCAGUUCUCAAUUUAUUUCAAUAAAUACUUAUGAUGUGCCAGUGACCAGAA